GGAUACCCGUUUUCGGGGGAGUUAUGUAUAUAUUUUAAUAACCUUUUACUGUUUUCUCGAAUUUGGCUUUUGCUAAUAAAACCGAAUAUUCACAUCUUUCGAAAACGAACUUAAAAUGGAUGUUCAACAAGAUACGCGAAUUAGUCAAUUACUACCUUCAGUAAAAUGUUCAGAUUGUGGGGAAAUGGUAGAGUUUCGAAGGUUAGGUGAACACAUUUGCCAGGCUGCUCCUGCUGUUCCUGCCUUACCUAGUGCUUAUAGAAAACCUACUAUUAAAAAUCAAACUCCUUCCUCAAGACAAGUUGAUAAUAUACUUAGACCGAACCUUAAUCCAUUAUCAGUGUCUGAUAAUAGCUAUGAUGUUGGUCGUUCACCAUAUGAUACUUCUCCCUCACCUACAGAUUCCGGUUAUUCUGGGUAUUCAGGCAGCAAAUACACAUCUCCGCCUUCAUCUACAUCGAGCCCUAAGGGACCCACAAAUUUCCUACAAAAAUAUGAACAAAUGACCGGUAAACAAAUCAAUUCAUCAUCACAAUCUCCUAGAAGCUCUCCAACAUCACCUAUUGACAAUAACCAAGAAUAUUAUAAUAAUGGAUAUCCUACUACCCCUAAGCGAUUUGAUAGACCACAGGACAAUUUUAAUAAUAUUAAUGGUAAUGACUAUCCAUAUGGACAGGGCUAUCCAUCAGAUCGUGGAAUACUUGAUCCAAGAAAAUUUCCUAAUAAUGAUAGAUACAUUCAACAACAGCCUUUCGAUGAAAAUAAUAACCGUUAUAAUAUGGAUGAUCCUUAUCGAACGGGUAAACCUAGAGUUCCUAAUGAUCCAUAUGUUCAAAGACCAGAUGAUCGUUAUAUGCGAAAUCAAAAUCCUAAUGACCGUUAUAACGAUUAUAUGCGUGGUCCACCACCGCCAUCAUCUAAUCAACCAUAUUUGCGAGAUUUUGAUCCUUCUCGUAAACCUACUUAUGACCGACAGAAUGGACAAUCACCAUAUAAUUAUGAUAGCUCUAGACAAUCACCUCGUAAUAUUUCGCAAGAAAAGGUUGGUCCACAACCACCUUUUUCAAAACCUUACGUGCCACAAUCAUCACAAGGAAGGUAUGAUCAAGGAAGUAGAAGUAAUACGUCUGAUUCUUAUGAAGGAAAUAAGGUUGAUGAUUUGAUGAACGAUUUGAUGAGAGAGAUGGAUAGUAUGCAAAUUCCACCAAAUUCAUUCGAACUUGAUGAGCCUAGAAGUAAAAAUGGCCGUGAUAUUUGUGCUUAUUGUAAAACUGAGAUAGUAUCUCAAGCUACUACGAUGUGGGCGCUUGGUAAGACAUGGCAUUCAGAUCAUCUACUUUGUGCACAUUGUCGUAAACCAAUAGAUCCAAAUGUGGGACAUGUAGAAAGAGAAGGCAAUGUAUAUUGUCCAAAUGAUUUCACGGACUUAUUUUUACCAAAAUGUAGAAGAUGUAAUUUACCUGUAGAAAAAGAAGCCGUUAGUGCUAGUGAUGGCAAACUUGAGGGAAAAUGGCAUGUAAAAUGCUUCGGUUGCCAUACUUGUUACAAAUCUUUCCCAGACAAAUCAUUCUAUGUCUUCGAGAAUGCACCAUAUUGUAGACGUCACUAUCACAAAUUAAAUAAUUCCCUCUGUAAAACUUGUGAUGAACCUAUUGAAGGUCCUUGUGUACAAACAGUCGAAGGUUGGAGAUAUCAUCCAAGUUGUUUUGUUUGUCUCGAAUGUCAAACACCUCUUACAAAUAUUUAUUAUAGUUUUGAUAACAAACAAUAUUGUGAAACACAUAUUAUGGAAAUUAAACGAAUCCGUAAAAUUAGACCAGAAAGGCGUCAAACAAUAUUUCGGAACAUUUAAGUCAAUUCUUACCAUUUGUUACUUGUUUGUUAAGCAAAGCGAAGUUAUUAAAUCAUACUUCGUUGAAGACUAUGAUUUAUAUGAGAAUUGGCUUGUUAACUUUUUACCUUACAAUCCAUUAUUGUUAAACAUUUUUAGAAGAAAAAAUUUUUUUUAAUCUAGAUAAAUAUAUUUAAUCACUUCAUAAUUUAUUAAUUACUGUAAUUUCUAAUAUCCAUUUUUCUCACUUCUUCAUUGUGGUAUAUUUUGUAAUCUUCAAUAUACAGCUAAAAAAAAAUUCAUCAUUAUCAAUAAAACUGAC